CCGUCUCACGACCAGUGGGUCAAGCACUCCGAUGUUUUAGCUGACGACGCAGUGGCAGCGUUCUACCGCAGAUACCCGGGAAAGCCACGCGUCAUUGCAGCAGCUGUAUUCGACUCGCUACCCUUCAGGGACUCAUGGACCCCUAACCGUGCCUUGCUUCCAGGCGCCGCAAUCAAGAGGGGGGUGAUGUCAGGGGAACCCUGCUUUUGUCCAAUCAUCAUGGGAUCUUGCAUGUGA